GGCGGGGGGGCGAAGAAGGCACCCGAGACCGGGCCGAGUGCAGCUGCCGUGGCCGCCGCCUCUUUAGCUCCUCAGCCGCGGCUCUUCUGUCCGACCGAGCCACAGUCGAGGAGACCAGCGCGGAGAGGUCGCAGAUGCUCGGAGUCCUUUCGGCGCGGAGCUGCCAAUCGCCCGGCGCCGCCGCCUGCCUGCUGCCGUUCUUGCUCCUGUUCCUCGUCCCCGGGCUCCGGGAGCCGCGGCUCCUCGCCGCCACAGUCGCCGCCGCCUCCGUAGCCCCGCUGUGGGUGUGGGGACUGCUGGCUCCGGGCCGGGCCUUGGCGCCGGCUCCCAGGACAGACGCCUGAGGAGCUGCGCACCGCGGACCCGCCGAGGACGCCCGCAGACUCGGGACUCGGUGGCUUGACCCCGGACUCGCCCCCGUCCGGCUGCGGGAUCCCCUCCGCGGCUCCCCGAGCGGCCCAGCUCCGGCGGUGCGAGCCCCGCGCCGCCCGCCCUCCUCGAUCGCCCGGUCGCCCGCCCUCCGCGCCUCGCCGCCGCCUAAGGAGUCGCCCAGCCGAGCCCGGCGGGCCCCUCAGCCGCAGCCAUGGGGUGCUGGGGUCGGAACCGGGGCCGGCUGCUGUGCAUGCUGGUGCUGACCUUCAUGUUCAUGGUCCUGGAGGUGGUGGUGAGCCGGGUGACCUCGUCCCUGGCGAUGCUCUCCGACUCCUUCCACAUGCUGUCGGAUGUGCUGGCGCUGGUGGUGGCGCUGGUGGCCGAGCGCUUCGCCCGGCGGACCCACGCCACCCAGAAGAACACGUUCGGCUGGAUCCGGGCUGAGGUGAUGGGGGCUCUGGUGAACGCCAUCUUCCUGACCGGCCUCUGCUUCGCCAUCCUGCUGGAGGCCAUCGAGCGCUUCAUCGAGCCGCACGAGAUGCAGCAGCCGCUGGUGGUCCUCGUGGUCGGCGUGGUCGGGCUGCUGGUCAACGUGCUGGGGCUCUGCCUCUUCCACCACCACAGCGGCUUCAGCAAGGACGCCGGCCACGGCCACUCGCACGGGGGUCACGGCCACGGCCACGGCCUCGCCAAGGGGGUCCGCGGCAAGAGCAGCCGCACCGGGGGCAGCGACCCCGGCGUGACCCGGGGCGAGCAGAGGCCUGAGCAGGAGGAGACCAACACCCUCGUGUCCAAUAGCAGCAACUCCAACGGGAUGAAAGUGGACCGGGCAGAUCCAGAAAAAUCCAGAAAUGAUGCAAUAGAAGUACAAGUGAAUGGGAAUGUUAUCAAAGAACCUGACCCUAUGGAUUUGGAAGAAGAGGAUAAGUCUGGCCAGCUUAACAUGCGUGGAGUUUUUCUGCAUGUCUUUGGAGAUGCCUUGGGUUCAGUCAUUGUAGUAGUAAAUGCUUUGGUCUUUUACUUUUCUUGGAAAGGUUGUCCUGAAGGGGAGUUCUGUGUGAACCCAUGUACCCCUGACCCCUGCAAAGCAUUUGUAGAAAUAAUUAAUAGUACUCAUGCACCAGUUUUUGAGGCUGGUCCUUGCUGGGUGCUAUAUUUAGAUCCAACUCUUUGUAUUGUAAUGGUUUGUAUACUUCUUUACACAACUUAUCCAUUACUUAAAGAAUCUGCUCUUAUCCUUUUGCAAACUGUUCCGAAACAAAUUGAUAUCAGAAAUUUGAUAAAAGAACUUCGAGAUGUUGAAGGAGUUGAGGAAGUUCAUGAAUUACAUGUUUGGCAACUUGCUGGAAGCAGAAUCAUUGCCACUGCUCACAUAAAAUGUGAAGACCCGACAUCAUACAUGCAAGUGGCUAAAAUCAUUAAAGACGUCUUUCAUAAUCAUGGAAUUCAUGCUACUACCAUUCAGCCUGAAUUUGCUAGUGUAGGCUCUAAAUCAAGUGUAGCCCUGUGUGAGCUUGCCUGCAGAACUCAGUGUGCUUUGAAGCAAUGUUGUGGGACACGACCACAAGCCCAUUCUGGAAAAGAUGUGGAAAAGCCCCCAACACUUAGCAUUUCUUGUUUAGAACUUAGUGACAAUCUAGAGAAGAAGCCCAGGAGGACUAAAGCUGAAAGCAUCCCUACUGUUGUGAUAGAGAUAAAAAAAUUGCCAAACAAACAACCUGAAUCGUCUUUAUAAGUCUUGAAAAGAGGUGAUAUUUGACUUUUGCUUUAAACUGCAAGAGGAAAAAGACUCCACUGAAAUUCUAAGUUUGCCAAGUAGUAUAACUGAAGUCCUUGUUCUGGUCACAGUUUAAUUCUAUUUUUGUAAGAACUUAAUGGAACUGCAUAACAGAGUUCUAUAUUACAACUUUGUGAUUAUUAGUGCAGAGUACAGCUAUGCUGUAACAAUUUUGGAAAGCUAGUUUUAACACUAUGUUACAUUUUUGUUUAAAGUAAGUAUAAACCUUAUAUAACAUAAUGACAUUUGAUUUCAGUUGUCCAAUGGUAAAGAUUAAUUAAGGGGGAUAAAUAAAUUAAAAUUGUUAAUGGAAUUUCUCUGCUUUUCUUUCCCCCAGUGUUGUACUUUCGUUUCUUAAGAAUUUCAAUUGCUAGAACUUUAAAUCAUCAACAAAAUUUUUCCUUUGACAUUUUAGGUAAUAUUUACUUGCCCUUUGAGAUCAUUACAUGGCAUAAUGGCAGCAUACUAUAAGAGUGACUCAUGGAUAUUAGUAGGAGUUUUUUUUCUUCACAUGGAGUAUUUCUAAUACUAAAGAUUAGUUCCUAUCCUGUGUUCUAUAGUGCUGAGUAUUAUCCUAAUAAACGGUGAGAUAAUCAACAAAUUGUGAACUAGAGUUUACAUAUAUAAUAGAGCAUAUGUAAGAGCAGGGAAGAAAGUUUACCAAACUAAAUGUUAUUUAGACUGUUGUAUGUUAACAUUCAGAAGACAUUUCUAAAUUUGAGAAUUUCAACUCAUGUUUUCUUUUACCAAAUUUAGUCUAAAACUAACAUGUUCACCAGCAUUACUUUGAAGUAAGAUUGGCAUUAGAAACAUUGAGCUGAAAGUUUACUCACAAAAUAUAUACGGUAUUUUUAAGGUUGUUAAAUUUAAUCAAAUAAUUACAUGUUAAAAGCAAGCUACUAAAACGUAAUCUUUUAAAUUGUGGGUGUUAAAGAAAAAGCUGUUUUCAGAGUUAAAGUCAUUUCAUGGUGACCAGUCAUGAAUGAUUUAAAUGAAAGUUUCUAAGCAUAACCAGCAGUACUUUUGCUUUGCUAACAGUCACUGACAUGGGAGAAAAAAGAAACCCAGAGGUUGAUGUAAUUUGGAUAUUAAAUUUUUAGAAAGCAAGACUAAUAAUUAAAGCUAGGUUCUGUAAGUCAUCCUAUCUUGACAUUGCUCAGAUCUUCCAAUAGUGGUUUAUUUUUGCAAAGAUGCUACAUAAUUUACACAGGAAAUUAUUCUUGACUAUUUCAUUGUUGCUAUGGAUUUCCAAUCCAUACACAAAUAUUAUUUUAGGGUAUUAAGUUGUAUUUUUCUUGAUAGAGUGUUUUGCUUUGUGAAGAAACCAGAUUUUUGUCCUCAAAAGGAUGAAUAUUAAUAUCAGUUAUCAUGUAUAGCUCUAUUUUUCUAGAAACAAGGUGUCCUGACUACUUCAGUAACUUUUAUAGUUGACUACUUUUGGGAUGGCUACCUUUUGGGAUUUGAAAAUAAUUCAUUGUUUAAUGUGUCUUAAAAUGAAAGCGUUGGGACUUGACAGUUACUUUUUAAAGGGAUGAUCUUUGUGGUAGACAGUGUUUUUUUCCCCUUUUCAAGCCUAUUGCUGGCAAUGGGCCUAUUUAAGAACAGCCAGUUUUUCCAAUGAGAACGAAGUCAUUUUAGGAACAUAGUUUGUAAGUUCAUGUUUACUAUAAUGGGCCAAAACCAUAACCUGCCAAUUUACAAUACAUCUUGAUCUUUUAAUACUCUUAUCUUGUAUUGCAUAAUUCAAUUCCUAAAGUGAUAGUUACCUUGAAUUUUGCAAAAAUGAGUUUUUUGUUGUGUUUUUUUUUUUUUUUUUUAAACUAGAAAACUGGGGAAUCUCAUUAUGUGGUGAAAAAGAGAGAGGGAAAGCUACAAACUGUACUGUAUCAUGUACAUUCCUGAUUUAACUACAGAACAUUUUAUCAACACUUUAAGCCACAGAAUAUUUUACUAAGAUCUCAAAAGAGUUUACAUUAUAUAAACAUUUCAAUAAUAAUACAAUAGGAUAACUGGCAAAAUAUAUUACGUUCAAAUGGAGUUGUCUUUACAAGUGUUCUGUUUAGGCACUGUUUCUUAGAGAUGCUAUAACAUCUAAGUAUAAGACAUGAUCUGAAUGAGGAUUUUUUAAAUCCUAAUAAGCGUGAGACAAGAGCUAUGGUUUUUUCAUAAGUGUUUUGAAGGUAACAGCCUUUUUUUUUUCAUAAUUACUUUUAAGUAGCUUGUGUGUAACAAAGUGUUACCAUAGGAUUCUCUUUUUUUCCAAAGGACUGUGUCAUAAUAACAAAAUCAGUGGGCACUGACUCACCUUUUGAGUUUAUUUAUUUCUUUAUGAUGCACUUUCUAAUCCAUUUUUAGCUAUAUUAGCGUUACCUUAAAAAACAUGCUUUUAUAAUUUAAAUAUUGUGGGAUUUAAGUGUCUUUCCAAAAUAGCUUAUUCCUUCCUGAAAGAAAAUGAGGGAAAUACCCUGAAUUAUUAUGAGACUUAAACCCAAUAUUUAAAUUUGCUGUUUUAUAGCACUGCAUCAGUAAUAGGAGUUGCAACUCUCCUACUGGCUCUUUUAUAUUUGAGCAAGAUCAGUGUAUUUAGAAUAUAUGUUUAGAAACUUGUCUGUUGUCUCAGUUUAGUCAGAAGGAGGUGCUGCAUGCCCCUGAGUUAAAACAACCCAGAAAAUUUUCCAAGCCAAAUGCAGCCUUAGUGAUGAGAGAGAUUUAAUUCUCCAUUGUCACCUUUUAGCUAAUAUGAUUGUUUAACUAAUUAACAUUAGUGUUUUGUUUUUUUUUUUUUUAAAGGUAUCUGCAUGGUAAAAAAAAAAGUAUGGACCAGAAUCUUAAAAAAAUCAAACAAAAAUUCCUCAAAAACUUUGCUGUAAUGUAUUUUAACAUUUUAGAAAACAGUCUGUUGAAAACGUAAGGUAUGUAAUUUGAGUAGGAAAAGUUUCCAUCAAGUGAACCUUAGAAAAUCACUAUAAGUAGAAUGCUGUUAAUGUGUUUGUAUCUUAACAUCCUCAGUUAAUUUUUAAUUUUUGAAAGUUUUGAGAGAAAAGAGCUAUGGAAACUAGUGUGAAGUAUUUGGUAGGUUAACAGGUAUUGAGUUGAAGAUUAUUACUGUUUAGAAGCAGAUAUCAUCUGAAUGAUAUAAAUGUCAUUUACCUGCUGUCUUAAGAUGUUAACACACACGCUAUAUGGAGAGUAAUUCUACAGUACAAACAUAUUUAUUUUAAUAUUGAGUUUCAGUUAAGUCAUAAAACAGUGUUAAAACUUGUUGGGAAGGUGGAGGGUUUUUUUUUGUUGGUUGUUGUUUUAAUUGAAACUGUCAAACAUGGUGUUUGACCAUAUCUGAAAUGGGAAUUGUAAUAGCACCAUUUUGAUGUAACUUUAUUGAUAUUAUGUGGCAAUGCUAUUUGUUUUACUAACAAGCUCUGGAAUGUUUAGCAGUCAUUUUCACUGGCACAAGAGCCUUUUGUAUGUUAUUCAUUUUAAACUUUUAAACCAAAAAUUUUGUGGUCCAGUGUCUUUGGCUAAAAGAUGCUGAAGGGAAUGUAACAUACAAUUAAUAUGUGGUUAUAUAUAAAAAGACACAAAUUGCCAUGUUAUGGUUUUGCCUUGAAACAGCACAAUGAAGUUUAUCAGCGUAUGCUGUCAUUCUUCAUGAAAAUUUCAUAUUGUAUUGUUGUAUCUGCCAUUGCCUGUCCUUAGGGCCAGAUGUGGUGCAGUUAAAUGCAGUUAUCAUCUCAUUAAGUGCAGAUGCAGAUCAAAUGUCUUUAGUGCUACAGCAUUUUACCUUUUUGUAUGUUCAAUGACUGUGUGUUAUUUUCCAAAGCUGUUCCUACCUCACCAUGAGGCUUUAUGGAUUGUUGUGUAUUAUAAAUGUUCUAUAUGAGACAGACUACUGUGUUUCUUCUCGUUUAUUAAAAGUUAUAAGUAGAAAAAUAAACUAAUUUUAAUAUCUUC